ACGUGGACCAAGCCACGCCGGGGCACCUGACUCUCCCACUUCGCGGCGCUUCUCUGAGCCCUAAUCUUAGGGGCCUUGUGGGGUCGAUCGCUCGCUCGCUCGCUCUGUAUAUUGGUGGCCACCUCUCAUGGCUUAACGUUUAGGCAAUGUUGUGUCCUCACCGCCACCGGCGAUUUGAAUCUCGGGUUCUGUUCGUGUGAUGAUGGUGUACCCGUGGUAGAGGAGCUGAUUGCUAAUUGGGGGAGUAGAAUUAUGCGGUUUGUGUCUCCGUCGUGAAGAUUUGGGUCGUUUGUGAUUGAGUGAACUACAGUGUUUUGGUGUGUGUGUGUGUGUGUGUGUUUGUUUGUUUGUUUGUUGGUGAAGAGUUGGCUAUAAUUUGAAUUGUUUUGGUUGUGUGGAUCGCUGGAGCGAUUGAAAGAGUUGAAUUGAGGUUGAUAGCGAGGGUGGGAUAGAGAAUUGGGUGGGAAAUAUUCGGCUGCCUUUUUCCAUGCUGUCACAGAGGAGUAUCCAGCUUUGGGAAGGCUAUUCCUCGGGAGUUUGUGCGUUCAGGGAGAAUAAUGUAGACGCGAAGGCUGUGUAUUUCUUUGCGGCACCAAUUCGAGAAUGGAAAGCGCAUUUGCAGAGGCGAAGGGUCCGAGUGAGUCCCAGAAAAGCGAGUCGUGCUGUCUCGGUUGUAUGUUCCCAGGGAAUGCAGGCCAAACCUGUGGAAUUUCUGCCUAGACAAGUUAAUUCACGUGAUUUUGUUCGAGGAGCUGGUGAUGGACGAUCAAACCCGUUGUAUUUAGAUGGUGAUGAUAUUAGAGCACCGGCCCAAUGUGCAACAUGUGACACUCGUCCCGCUAGUGAGUUGAACGACGAAAACGAGUGGUUCAAUCAUGGGGAGGGGCGAGUCGACGCCAGCACUGAAUCUGGAACCGAAGAUUCAUCGACCAGUGCUGGCCUCGUCGACCCCCCGGCAAGAGUCUCCAUACGCACCCCAGAAGGUGGCAGGCCUGAUUCAGAUGGUUCGGAGACUUCUUCUAUAAAUGCUCUUUCAGUGGACUCGAUCGACUCAGACAGGUCCUUGCAUUCAGCUGUUACAGACGUGAAAGCUUCAACUGCGAGAAUUGCUGUUAAUCAGCCGAAUCUCUUGAGCUCACCAAAGAAAGACAUGACUUCAUUAGAGAGGUUUGCAAGAGCAAGGGCAGCAGGAAAAGAAUUAGUGGAGAAAAAUCAAGAGGCUCGUUUAAGGUAUGGUGAUGAAGAAGGGGUUUAUUAUAACCCUAAGGUAGGAGAUUAUGUUAUGGGCAUUGUGGCGUCUGGAAAUCAUGGCACGCUGGACAUGGACAUUGGCGCAAAUAAAUUAGGGCACUUGUUUUGGAAGAAUGUUGUGCCACUUGACGUUUGUAACAUCAAAGAUAUGUCUGGGGAGUUUCCAGACACUAAUUCGCCUGAUAGCAAUGUCACUCUUGGUCCUGCUGGUGGACCUUAUUUUGUCCACGACGAGGAGGUGCUGAACUUGGCACUUGAAGCCCCUAUGGCAGUCGAGCUGGGCACAGUCUUGACGAUGGAAGUGAAGGGUAUCACUCCAAGUGGGAGAGCAUUGCUUUGUGCACGAUCCGUCGCUCGAGAGUAUUCCUGGCAACGGGUUCGCCAGAUGUUAGAAUAUAAUGCUACAUUUGAGGUCCAGAUUGCCGAAUGGACACCUGCAGGACUCGUUACUAAAAUUGAGGGUUUACGGGCUUUUCUACCGCUAUAUUACUUAGUUAAUCGUCCCCCUGAGCCAUCACCUCAGGGAUCCGUCUCUUAUAAAGAAUAUGUAGGGCAAAAAUUUACUGUGAUGAUCAGCAGUAUCGAUGAGAAGAGGAGAAGCUUGGUUAUUAGUGAAAAGAAAGCUUGGAUGUCGAAAAAUGCCUACAUAGGUGCUUUAGUAGAAGGAAUUGUCACAAAUCCUAUUCAGCCUUAUGGGGUACAUCUUCGAAUUAAGAACACCGAUAUCAGUGGAGUACUUCAUAUCAGCAACAUAUCACGGGCUCGGGUCGAUAACAUUUCAAGAGUAUUUUCUAUUGGGGAAGAAGUUAAAGCAAUGGUUGUUCCUUCAAACAAACAGAGGAGAUUGUCUUUCAGCACUGCUGAUCUGGAGAUUGAAGAUGGGUUGAUGCUUCGAGACAAGCAGGCGGUAUUUCAAAACGCGGAAAAAAUUGCGGCUGAAGUUUCAAAGGCUUACAAGGACGAGGAGCUCAAACCCACAGUAGCUACCGAUGACAAUGUUCAUGUAGCAGGACAGGAAAUAGUCAUUGCAAACUGGGACUGGUUAGAUUUUGGCGAUAAAACCGAACUAUUUUGAUUGCACCCUUUCUACGGGAUAGUGUAUUCGCAAUGGUUUUCAAGGAUUGCGACCUCUUUCUCAAGCGAGGUUAUUUGCAAUUAUUAAGUUUCAGUUGUAGGCAAUUUCUUCCCGCAUGAUAACUUUGAUUCUUAAACUUCUCAGUUUGGAGAAGCUGAAUUCAUAGAAUGGUCUCUUUUGAGAAAAUUCUUGUACAUAGAAUAUCAAAUCCUGGCACCAGGAUCAUUUCGGCAACUGCCGACCAUCAA